CUUGGACAUCUCAAAAAUUGGGAAAGUGCACUUGCAUCCCGCAAUCUUCUCACGGGUUCCUAAUUUAAGACUGCUAAAGUUUUAUAGGUCCUGCCCUAACAUAAAGGACACAAACACAGGUUCUAUAUUUGAAAUUGGUCAGACGAAAGAGCUUCAGUUUCUCCCUAAUAAGAUAAGUUUAUUCCAUUGGGAAGACUACCCUUACUAAUCUUUGCCGUCAAAUUUUUUCAUGAAAAAUGUUGUUGAACUUAACAUGAAAGGGAGCAAGGUCAAGCAACUAUGGAAUGGAAAUAAGUGUCCUCAAAGGUUAAAACAUCUUGAUCUUUCUGAAUGCGAGUACUUGGAAACACUCCCGGAUCUCUCUUCGGCUCCAAACCUGGAGAGGAUUAUUCUUUCAAAUUGUAAAACCUUGAGCCAAAUUACCUUAUCCAUUCAGUGUCUGCACAACCUUGUUGCUCUUGAUCUGAGAGGUUGUGAGAAGCUGAGGAGUCUUCCAAGACUUGCUCAGUUGGGCUCUCUAACGAUUCUUUAUCUUAAAGGGUGCUCAAAUUUGCAGAUGCUUGUAGAUAUUCCAAGAGGACUAAAGUUCUUAUUAUUAGGGGAAUGUGGGUUAGAAGAGUGGUUCCAAGAGGAUGGACUUGUCUGCAAUCUUCAAAUGAUAGACAUACGGAACUGCAAAAACCUUAGAAGUCUUCCAAGUAGUGAUUGUUUGAAUUCUAUUAAGGAACUUAGUCUUAAGGGUUGUUCAAGUCUUAGUAAGUUCCCAGAGAAUUUAGGAAAUAAUAUAACAAAGUUAGAUUUAAGUUAUACUGCGAUAGAAGAUUUGUCAUCAACAAUUUUGCAUCUCUCUUCUCUUUAUCAGUUAGAUAUGCAAGGGUGUAAAAGGCUCAAGAGUCUAUCGAGCAGCAUUUGUCAAUUGAAAUCCCUUACAAGUCUUAAUCUCAGUGACUGUUCAAAGCUUGGCAAACUGCCUGAUUUACAUGGUUUGUGGUCUUUAAGAGAACUUCGUCUAGACCGCACUGCACUUGUAGAAAUCCCCAGUGACAUAGUCUGUUUAUCAUCGCUUAAAGUGUUGUAUCUAAACGACUGCAAUAAACUCAAAGGUUUGCCAGAGCUUCCAAGCCAAUUACGAGUACUUCAAGUAAAAAACUGUAUGUUGCUGAAAACUGCAGUAUCAACUUCUUGCAUUCUACCCAUAAAGCCUGAACGGUGUUGUUUCAAAUUUGAUUUUAUGAACUGCUUCAAUUUGGAUCAAAAUGCACGUGGCAAUAUCAUGGGAGAUGCAGAGUUGAGAAUUAAAGAAUUAGCUAUUUGUUCGAGUGGUUCUGGAAGUGAAACUCCAGAGUGGUUCAGCUUUCAAAGCCAAGGGUCUUCACUAAAUGCUGAUAUGCUCCUUCCAUCUUGGUUUAUUUCUACAUUUCUAGAUUUUGCUUUUUGCGUUGUUGUGGAGUAUGAGAUUCCUGCUAUCAACAGAGAGGAAUAUUAUGAUUUUAAUCUCAGGGUUUCAUGUAAAUGUUGUUUCAAAACCACAAAUGGAUACAAAGAGUAUCUCAUCACUCAUUUUAGAUCUCAUCACGGGCCUGUCUUUGAAUCAGACUCUGUGUAUCUUUGGUACAAGCACCGAGAUCUAAGUAUCUGGCUCAUACGGAACUGUUAUAGAGUCAAUGAAGCCUCAUUUGAAUUCAAAGCAGAAAAAUUGUCUAGUAAGAAAGAAGUAAAUGUGAAAAUGAAGGAAGUAAAUGUGAAAAUGAAGGUGAAGAGUUGUGGGGUUCACCUGGUGUGCGCUGAAGAUGAGAGUAGAAUUCAAGCAACAAGUUCAUAUUUUCUGGGUGGUCAGGUGAUGGAAAGUGAUUCCAUGUCUGAUUACGAGGAAGAUGAGCCGCUGCCUAAAAAAUUAAAACCAUUCCCCGCGUUCUGUUGA